AUGGCGGCGAUUAGGAAGAAGCUGGUGAUCGUUGGUGAUGGAGCAUGCGGGAAAACUUGUCUGCUGAUUGUCUUCAGCAAGGACCAAUUCCCAGACGUAUAUGUGCCUACAGUUUUUGAGAACUAUGUUGCUGAUAUUGAAGUAGAUGGAAAGCAGGUUGAACUGGCAUUGUGGGAUACAGCCGGUCAAGAAGAUUAUGAUCGUUUACGCCCACUUUCAUAUCCUGACACGGACGUCAUACUUAUGUGCUUCAGUAUCGACUCACCUGAUUCCUUGGAGAAUAUACCUGAGAAAUGGACUCCGGAAGUUCGACAUUUCUGCCCUAACGUGCCCAUUAUUCUUGUUGGUAAUAAGAAAGAUUUACGAAAUGACCCGCAAACUGUGCGGGAGUUGAACAAAAUGAAACAGGAGCCAGUAAAACCUGAGCAAGGUCGCGCAAUAGCCGAGCAGAUCGGCGCAUUUGCAUAUCUUGAGUGCUCAGCGAAAACCAAAGACGUGAGUUUCAAUACUUGUUGGGAAUGA